GGAAAACACGGCUCAUUCAAUCAUAAUUUGUCGCAAUAAAGUAAGACAAAAUAAAGAUCCACCCGUCGAACGGAUACACAUUUUGUCGAUCUUUUGAAAAUGAAUAUUAUAUCUGCCGUUUCCAUUAAGCUAAAACAAGCCUAAAGAUUUUUUUCCGACAUCAACUAAACUUGGUUCAGUGGAAACCUGCCCGGGCUUCUUCUGUAUUUAUAUCACUCAGCUUGGUUUCGCUUCCCCGCAAUUCUCCGCCCUUUCAGAAAGUACACAAUAAACUCUCAAGAGCGGCCUGAAGCAAAUAUAGCCAAUGGAACAUUUCAUUGUCGCUGGACUACACAGAACAUCUCUUGGGCAACAUGCAAUCUACGGUGUUUACUAUCUUGUUUGUCAAACUAUUAUGCUUAAUAACUUUACAUGGAAUGACAGCAGUGUUAGCGGAACUUCCAAGUCCUAGUAACAUCAGAAUUACCUCCAUCAACAUGGGACUAGUGUUGGAGUGGGAUCCCCCUCAGAACCACACGGGAAACCUCACCUACAGAUCAGAAUACAAGUGGAACAGCAUCAGGAGCAGCUACCGGGGUGUAUGUUGGGACACAACUGCCCUAUGCUGUGACUUCACCAGUCAUCUUAACAAAUUCGGAGUGUACACUUUCCAAGUGAGGGCAGAACGAGAGGGAGAGACAUCUCCCUGGGUGGAGACUAAGGAGUUUGUCAUGGAUGAACACACCACGUUAGGCCCUCCCAGUGUGACUCUAGUCUCCAGUGGUGCGAACAUUGAAGUUAGCAUCGAAGACCCAGUGCUCAGGAUCUCUGAGUUUAAAGAGAUCUACAAUCAUGCAACCUUUAACAUCACCUACUGGAAGGAGGGCCAGGAGAAGAGGGUCAAACGGAUGAAUGGCAUCCAACUGCAUGAAGUGGUGUUGGAGCUGGAGCAAUGGACCAGGUACUGUUUUCAGGUCUUGGUGGUAACCGAAAGGUUCUUCAAACAAAGCCAGCCCAGCAACGUUACGUGUGAGAGCACCGCUAAGGGCAAGGACAGGCCCUGGGUGAUGGCCCUGGGGAUGUUUGUGGUGAUGGCUGUGUCUGUGCCCCUGGUGUUUCUAGCAUUCUGGCACUGCUACAGGGUGGUCAGCUUCCUCAGACCCAAGGUCAAGCUGCCUGGACAUUUCACAGUGUACCUGUUGGAUCCUCAGUGCUCCUCCAUCCUGGCCUUGCAGAGCAGCCCCCAGCCUGAUGAGGUGUACCAUGAGGUCAGCAUCAUGCCUGGGGGGACAGAGACAGAGAGAGAGAGCGCCCUCUGGUGGACAGAACAUAAAGCACAUAACCAGACUGACUGACAAUACAAAAGAAAGGCAGUGUUUCGAGAGCAUCAACACCGCGACUGACAGGCCGAUCUAUAAAUAAUAUUAAGUUGUUGUUUAUGAAAAAAAUAAAAAUGAUGCAAGGUGAUUGGUUGAUCAGUCA